CGUCACCUGUUCGCGACACAUCCACACGCAGUUGUUGGCGACGUGAGCUAAUGCAGUGUAACUCGGCAUUUAGCGUUCACAAAACUCCCCAGACGUAUUCGGACUUGUUUUUGAGGAGGCCUUGUGAGAGGAGAGACUGAAACUGUUCAUUUAAAACAUUUAUUUUGAAUUUUAUGCGUAAUUAGAUUUGAGCGGAGGCUGCAGUGACCGAGUCAGCUGCUCUGGCAUGUGUCAAGAACUGAGGACUGACUGAAUUAAGUAAACAUCAACCCCAGUUUGACUCUAAAGACCGCAGCUUUCCGGACUCCGUUGUGGGCUUCAGCAUGAAUGAAGAAGAGCUGGUGGAGUACUUCAGGGCUCAGAUGAGGAAAGACCCGGACAUGGCCUCUGCUGUGGCUGCCAUCCGCACUCUGCUGGAGUUCCUCAAGAGGGACAAAGGAGAAACCAUCCUGGGCCUGAGGGAGAGCCUGACGUGGGCCACAGACUGCCUGACGGGAGUGGACUCCUCUGUGGCCGUGUCCUCGGGAGGGGAGCUCUUCCUGCGCUUCAUUAGCCUCACAUCACUGGAGCACCCGGAUCUCUCUCGCUGUAAGAAGGUGAUGGAGGAGAGGGGAGAACUUUUUCUGGAGAAGAUCUCAAUGUCCAGGGCCAAAGUUGCUAAGCUCUGUCACACGUUCAUCAAAGACGGCGCCAAAAUCCUGACUCACUCGUACUCCAGAGUCGUCCUCAGGGUGCUGGAAAAGGCUGCGGCGGAGAAGAAACGCUUCUCCGUCUACGUGACCGAAUCGCAGCCCGACUCAGCCGGGCGACAGAUGGCAGAAGCCCUGAGAAAACUCAAUGUUCCGGUGAUCGUGGUGCUGGAUGCGGCUGUGGGAUACGUGUUGGAGAAGGUCGACCUGGUGAUCGUGGGUGCAGAGGGAGUCGUCGAGAGUGGAGGGAUCAUCAACAAGAUCGGCACUUAUCAGAUGGCCGUGUGCUCGAAAGCUCACAACAAGCCGUUCUACGUCGUGGCAGAGAGUUUCAAAUUCGUCCGUCUGUAUCCGCUCAACCAGCAGGACGUGCCAGAUAAAUUUAAGUACAAAGCCGACACCCUGAAGACCGUACAGAACCUGUCAGAGGAGCAUCCGAUCAUUGAUUACACGCCUCCCUCCCUCAUCACCCUCCUCUUCACCGACCUGGGAGUCCUCACGCCGUCGGCCGUCAGCGACGAACUCAUCAAGCUUUAUUUAUAAGUGUGCCUCACGAUUCUCAAUAAAAUCCAUUCUCAAAAGGUG